AUGGCCGACUUCGCGCUUGGGUUAGCCAAGACGGCGGUGGAGGGGACCCUGAGCAGGGUCCAAACCGCGAUCGAUGAAGAGAACACACUGCAGGCGGCGGCGCGGCAAGACCUGGCCUUCAUCACUGGGGAAUUCCAGAUGAUGCAAUCCUUUCUGGAAGUCGCCAGUAAGGACCGUGUGAGGAAUAAAGUGGUGAAGAUUUUGGUGCGGCAGCUCCGUGACCUAGCCUUCGAUGUCGAAGACUGUGUCGAAUUUGUUAUCCACCUGGAUAACGAGUCGACCUGGAAAUGGGUUUGGCGCAUGGUGCCCUCCUGCAUUGCACCACCACGGACUCGGGACCUCGACGACGCUGUCGGUGAGUUGAAGCAGCUCAAGGUGAGGGUCGAGGAGGUCAGCCAGAGGAACACCCGCUACAACCUCAUAAGCGACUCCGGCUCCAAUCCCGUCCCACAUUCACCGGCAGUGCAGCUGGCCACCACAAGUCCAUCAAGAAUGGACAUCUUGAUGGAGCUAUGGGAGGCAAAUGGGAAGCACCGCGGUUUUUGCACCCUUCAGAAGUUGAUAUCCACUGAGGGCAAUGCCCUUCAGGUAAUCUCUUUGAUGGGAAGUGCAGGAUCUGAUACUGAGGGGACACAGAUCAUUAAUAAGGCUUACUGUGACCCCAAAAUCUGCCACCUAUUCAAAACCCGUGCAUGGGUAAGGCUGACGCAUCCAUUUAACCCCGACAAGUUCCUUAAGAACUUGCGGACUCGGUUGCAAGCCAGCUCUCAGUCUCGCCAAGCUGUCAAUUUCAAGGGCAAGAUCUUAGAAGAUGAUCCGAUGAAGCAAUUGGCUGAGCAGAGAUAUCUUGUAAUCCUUGAAGGAAUAUCCAGUGUUGUAGAGUGGGAGAUCAUCAGACUGUACCUGCCAGACAAUAACAAUGGCAGCCGGAUUGUCGUCUCCACCAAGCAGAUAGGGGAUGCAAUUUUUCUCGCGGGGAGGCCAUACCGAGUAUCAGUGCUCAGAGAGCUCACAGAUGGCCAUUAUCUAUGUGCAUUCUAUAACAAGAUCCAUGGCUAUAUGGACGAGCUCUUUUGGCGACUACGACAUCAUCACGUGAUCGCUGUGGGUGGGGCUGUUGGUGAGACAACUCUCUUAAAACAAGUCCACGACGGCAUAAAUAAUCAGCAUGUGGGAUUCAAGGAGCUAGAAAAAUUUGAGUGUUGUACAUGGGUGGAUGUACCCCAUUCAUUCAAGAGUAGGUACCAAUUCGAAUGGCACUUGGAAGAUAAAUGGAAUCUGUCUCGUACAAAAAAGUGCAUUUUGAUUAUAAACGGUCUGCAAUCCAUGGAACAGUGGGAGUCGAUAAAGCCAUACAACGUGGAACGGUAUACUGGGAGUCGUAUCAUUUUGAUUGCAAAUGAAGAAAGUGUGGCCAUACAUUUAGAACAUCUGAAAGCCAACACCGCCACUCGUCCCUUGACAAAGGCCUCUGACUACUAUGGAUAUGGACAUAACAAGGAGGCUUCUCGAAGUACCUUCUUGUCCAACAAAAUGGAAGUGACUCCUCUGAUCGCAUCUCAAGUAGAGGCGUUUGAUAAGAUCCGGAAAAUUUUACACAGUAAUGGGUUCGCUUCGGUAUGGGGCAUUGCUGGUGUUGGGAAAUCAACUCUUGUCAGAGGUCUAUACACUGAACGGAUGUUUGGAUGUUCUGUCAUUGGAAAGUUUGCAUGGGUUGAUGUGCCCGAUCCCUUUGAUUUGGUGGAAUUUUCCAGGCUCUUACUUCUUGAUUUGCAUCGAUGUGAUCUUCAAGCAAUGGAAGCUGCAGCAAUUGGUAUUAUGCAGGGUCAGGACCCAAUUCAAGGGUGCCGUGAAAUUCUGCAUCAAGAUGGGUAUCUCAUCAUUAUUGAUGGUUUGCGGUCCACCUAUGACUGGGACUUGAUCGAAACUACCUUUUUAUACCGGCCUACUACAAACGUCAGAAUAGUUGUCAUCACAGCUGAGGAAAGCAUCGCCAAACAUAGUGUCAAGCAGCAGGCAGAUCAAAUGAUCAAUGUCAAAUGUGUAGCAGAUGGCGAGGCCUGUGAUAUCUUUAAUAAGGUCCGUUUAAUUGCUCUGAAACAUUGCCAUGCUCUAUUUCCAGAAAUUUUUAGUUUAUUUCUUUUUUCUAUAAAGUAG